AUGAAUAUCUGGAUAGCUGCAAGCGAUGGUAAACAGGAAGUAGUGGAGCAACUGCUAGCUCAAGGUUCUGGCAUCGACUCCAACGUGAAGGAUCCUAAUGGUUACACGCCAGUCCAUGCUGCUGCCGCCUAUGGGCACAUUGAACUACUGAAGAAGCUUUGCAAAGACUAUAACGGUGAUAUUAAUGUGAGAGAUGGGGAUGGUGAUACUCCUCUGCAUCAUUGUGAGGAUCUGAACACUGCCAAAGUCAUAGUGGAAGAUCUGGGCGCUGAUACCACACUGACUAACAACGAAAAGAAAACAGCAUUACAAAGUUUCGAGGAAGAUGGUGAAUUUCCAGAUCUAAUAAACUACAUGAAGUCAAUAAGUGGCAUUCCUCAAGAGCAGGACAGUCUUGGAAUCGACGUGAGCCAACUUAACGAAUUCAAGAACAGCAUACGUUAUACAUUAGAAAAUGACCCCGUUGAUGAAUCUGACCCAGAGUCCCUUGCCAGAAGACAGAAACUGGAGGCUAUUAUUCAGGGAGACAACGCUGAGCAAGAAUUAGAAAACUACAUAAGAGACAUCAUUCGGAACCAGUUGAUGCCUCAAGACGAUGAUCCACAAGGCACCAAACGCAGAAAGUGA